GAGAGUGACUUGAAGUGUGGAAUUUAAUGAAAGUCGAAAGGUUUCGCGUUUUAGUUUGUUGAAGUCUUUUGCCACGUUCGGUUCGCUGUUGCACAAACCGCGUAAGACAAGAAAAAUAAAAGAAACGAAUAAACUGAAUAAAAAAAAAGAAUCGGCUCAUUUGCAGUGCAUAGCACACGGUUUUCAAUUUACAGUAAAGAGCACAUUUUGCACAAACACAUAUACAAUAGGCGCAACAAGCACAGCUGAUCAACAACCCAUCGAACCAUAUCGAAAUACUAUCGGGGCUGAAGCGUAUUGGAGACUGUUUUCAUCGAGCUAGAAAAGUGCAUCGGUUGACCUUUUGCGACUGGCGUCAAGCACGAUACAUGCCGAUCAAAUUCACCAUCGUGAUACAUCAACUCAUAAUAUUUGCAAGAGAGGCAGAGAGAGAGCACAGCGACCUUUUUUAUGUGAAAAGUGAAAAGAGAACGAAAGCAAAGCAAAAACUAUUUAUUGCGAGAAAAAAAAAACAACGUUUGGUUCAAAAGGUGACGACGGCACAGAACACAAGGAAGGAAUAGAAAUAAUAUUGGAUAUCGCAUUUUCAAAACUCUGCCGAUUUACUGGAUAACAAAAGUGAACUAAAGUGACUACAUUCUGCUCAAAGUUUGAACAUUUAAAAAAAAUUGAAUAGCGAAAAAAGUUCAAUUUUUCAAUCCACGAUUGCAGAAAUAAAAUCAUUCAAAAUUCUGCAUAGAUUUGUUUGAAAAACAAGUGAGGUCUGGAACGAGAAAGAACUUGUGUGAAAAUUAAGUGAGAUUGAGUGUUAAUAAAGUUUAAAAAAAAAACAAUAAGACUAUCUUGAAUCACGGCACAUAUAUCGACGUGAAAACUCUUACUUUUUGUGGUUCUAAUUAGCAACAGAUUUUGCUCUAAAUGACAGAAAAAUAAUUCACGAUUCAUGUUGUGGAUUCUGUUGGCGGGCAAAGUGAGAUAGAGUGAACAAAAGAUUUACGAUCGUUGUAAAGUGGCCUUGUUCAUGUGUUUGGACUAUGUAACAUUUUCGAUGACACAUUAAAUUCCCAAUUACGUAAAAAAAAACCAACAAGCACAAACAUACAAUCAUGACGUCCAAAUACGACCGAAUUAAAUCCGAAUGCAAACGAAAAAAUGUACUAUGGGAAGAUCCCGAUUUUCAAGCCGUACAAUCGUCGGUGUUCUACUAUCAAACGCCUCCGUUUACAUUUCAAUGGAAACGGAUCACGGAAAUUGUGCAAUCACCGUUGUUUAUCAAUGAUGGUGAACAAUUUGACAUCAUUCCGGGCAAAAUGGGUGACCGAUGGCUUGUGUCUUGUUUGGGCGUGUUGUUUUCGUUGAAAAAUCUAUUUUAUCGUGUUGUGCCGGCCGACCAAAAUUUCGAAAAUUGUCAUGGCGUGUUUCGGUUUCGUUUAUGGUGGUGCGGUGAGUGGGUGGAGGUUCUAGUCGACGACAGAUUACCAACGAUCAAUGGAAAAUUGUCAUUUUUACAACCGUUCAAAUCAAACUGCUUUUGGGCCGCAUUACUCGAAAAAGCAAUAGCAAAAUUGCAUGGUUCAUACGAAGCACUUAAAUACGGAACACGUUCCGAUGGUUUGAGCGAUUUGACGGGUGGAAUUGUUGAAACAAUACCAGUAAAAUCCGGUUCAGAUUCAAUACGACCAACAAUUUUACGUUCAAUACUCGAUACCACCUGUAUCAUAACAUGCAUCGCAAUCAGAGGAAAUAGCUCACAAUUUAAAUCACAACCGGAAAAAUUACCAAAUGGAAUUGCAAUCGGCGUUAGUUAUCGAUUGUGUUCAUUGGACAAAGUGGAAAAUACGAUGGGCGAUUCAGUGCAAUUGGUACGUUUAAGAGACCCGAUGACAUCGGAUGCGUUGGGCUUAAAAACGGGCUACACCGGCGAAUGGUCGGCCACAUCACCAUUGUGGGAUCGAGUUUCAGAAACUGAACGUGAUCGUUUACUUGGUCAAUUGGAUGCAAAUGAAUUUUGGAUGUCAUUUUUAGCGCUCACCGAAACAUUUACAAAUCUUGAAUGUAUCCAUCUUGAUACCGAUACAGCGAAAGAUGAAUUAUCAUUAACCGAUCGUCCAAGACGUUGGUCCAUGAAAAUGUUUCAAGGAUUUUGGCGUAAAGGUGUCACAGCGGGCGGUUGUCGUAACCAUGACUCAUUUCACAUAAAUCCACAACUUCAAUUAUUCGUUGCGGAAAAGGAAGAUGUGAUCAUUGCAUUGAAUCAGCACACCGCUGUCGAACCAAAAGUCAUUGGUUUCACAAUGUACAAAUUAAAUUCAAUUAAAAAUAAAUUAACUGAAAAUCUUUCCAAAGAGUUUUUCAAAAAUCAAGUUAGCUUUAUCAAUUCGGACUAUGGCAAUUCACGACAUGUUAGUUAUCGGUGUAAUUUAGAAUCGGGACGAUAUUUAUUAAUGGCUACAACAUAUGAACCAGGCGAGGAAUCGGGUUUCACCGUUCGUUUGCUGGGCAAUCACAUAAAACUAGCACAAUUAGAAACACAAACGAUGAUGAUCUUAGACCCAUUCCCACCGUUAAGCGUGACACAACAGCGUAACGACACCGAUACAACGAAAAAGAAAUGCCAAUACGAACCGAUUUUCAUGCAAUUGGCCGAUGAAAAUAGAACCAUCAAUAGUUUUGAAUUACAAGAAUUGCUGGACGCAUGUCUACCCAAUGAUUAUAUUAAAAGCUGUGCUAGUAUCGAUAUUUGUCGUCAAGUCGUUUCAUUAUUAGACAAAUCGGGACAUGGUCGCAUUAAUUUUUUACAAUUCAAAACGUUUAUAGCAAAUUUGAAGGCAUGGCAGGGUGUGUUCAAAAUGUACUCAAAGGAAAAGGCUGGCAUUUUGCGUGCCGAACGCUUACGAGAUGCACUUUAUGAUGUUGGAUUUCAGUUGAGCUCAGAUAUUAUGUCAAUUAUUAUGCUGAAAUACAUGCGAAAAGAUGGUACAUUGCGUUUGGGUGAUUUUGCGUCUGCCAUUCUUCACUUAACAACGGCAUUCGAAGUGUUCCAGCGCAAAGAUCACGACCAAGAUAAUUUGAUUAAAAUUGAAAUGGCAGAUUGGAUAAAGUCGGUGCUAAGAUGUUGAUGCUCAUUUUUCGUAUAAAUAUUCGAUUGAAAAUACAGAUCAGUUUUAGACAUUUAGUUAUGUUUUCAUUGUUUUUAGUGUUGUAAAAUCUAAAUCACGCAGCAUAUUCUUACUUUUACUAAUUGUUUAAUUGGAAAAUAAAUGGCAAAUACGAGAAA